CUCAGCACACAGACACACGCUCACUCUCCCUAAAGGAGGGAGCGAGGCAGAGACACAGAGAGGGGAUUGAAAGGAGCAGGAGAGGAGGCUAUCUCUGGGCUGCUCUCCACUGCAGCGUCUGGCUUUCACUAAAAGGUCUAUGACCGUGUUUUUCCUGCGCUUGUUUGCCUAAUUUAUUCCUGCCGGGGCCAGCAGAAAGAAAAGGAGGAAAAGAAGAAGAAGAAGAAAAAAAAAAGGACGGGCAGAAUAGUAAAGAGUGCAACAGUACACCCUGACUCGCUGACUGGGAAUGCAGAGAGGUUCUGGCCUCUGGUUGUUACUGCUGGAUGGACAAGCACUGACAAAACAAGAGACAACACUUUGUGGAGCUUUGAGAGAGGAGGAGAUUUCUCAACUCUGCUUUUUUGUUUUGGCUCUUUUUUUUUCUCUGUGACAUUUGAGCCUCUGACACUGCAGACUCUGAAGAGCUGGAAGAGCCACAAGACAACAUUUCACAGGAGAGGACAUCUUAUUUGCUGAACUUUGUUGUUGCAGAGAUUAUUCCAUGAGUAAAAGGAGUGUAUUGUCUUAACAUUUCUUAUUUCACUGGAUCUUUCUGGCUAUUUAUCGGGCACAGGGGUGAUCCUGAGCCAAAAGCUGAAGUAGCCCUGUGGUCAUCUCCUCUCUGAAUGCCAAAGAAAUAAAACCAAAAUUCUCCAUGAGUCUUUUUUUCUCUUGGGACAUAUGACUGAGCAUUUCCAGAGCAAAAAUAUUAUCUUAAUUCUCCUCUUCAUCACAGUCACCUCUGCUUCUAUAACAGCCUCGACAAGUCAAGAGUGAGUCUGGACUAGAACUGCCUCAGAUCAGCAGAUAACACCUCUGCACGGCAGGAACUGGUUGGACUCGUUUAGAAGUUGGAGGAGAGGGCAGGGCAGUUUAACCCUGCCUGAAGGAGAGCUGUGUUUUAUUUUCCUCCCACUUGCUUGUCCUUUUGGGAGAAAGUCAAGCGCUGAGAGAGGGGCAGAGCUUCUUUUUCAUUUGGAGAGCGACUGUUUUGUUCCUUGUCACUAUGCUUGAGGAUAGGUGAGUUUCUUCUUAACGUCUGCCAGUUGGGGGGGGAGACAGAACGAGAAAGUGGGAGGGAGGGAGAAAGAAAGAAAGAAAGAAAGAAAGAAAGAGGGAGUCAAAGUGUAAUUUAUUGUUUCCAGUGAAAAGAGCAAGGCUGCACCCUUUUCUCCUGCUUGAACUCUGAACCAUGCAAUGUGUGUCUGAAGUUUUCUCAGAGUUCGGGAGCCAUUGAUCGGAGGUCAGGGCAGAGAACACGAAGGUGAAAGACAAGAACAGUAAGAGCAGAGGGAUUAAGGAAGAGCGAGAGAGAAAACAGCACUGGGAGGGACCUUCAGGUCAUUACAACCAGACGGCAAAGGGGAGAAAGGUCAACACGAGAGAGUUCGGGACAGCUUUUUGUCCCACUUCUUGAUCUUCUUGGACAAAAACUGCCUUUUAAACAAACCUGGAGCCACUGUUUUCUUGUCUGAAAACACUUUUUAGACUUUGAGGGGAAGUUGAAAGCUGGGGGACAGGGCGGGUCUGUGUAUGAUCCACUCACGGGGCUGUGUGUCUCAGAGAAUAUGGCCAUGGUGAGCGGGGGAUGGGGCAACCCCAACGGGGACACUAAUGGACUGGGGGAGAAGGCUUACCUGAGGAGGGAGGAAGAGGACGGCUCGCCUCAGGCCGGGAGCAGCGAUGUGGACGUCGGGGACGAGGACAAAGCCUGCGUGGUGGACUGUGUGGUGUGCGGGGACAAGUCCAGCGGGAAGCACUACGGCGUGUUCACCUGCGAGGGCUGCAAGAGCUUCUUUAAGAGGAGCAUCAGACGAAACCUGAACUACUCUUGCAGAUCAAAUCGAGAAUGCCAAAUCGACCAGCAUCACCGCAACCAGUGCCAGUACUGUCGUCUGAAGAAAUGUUUCCGUGUAGGAAUGCGCAAAGAAGCAGUCCAGAGGGGCCGAAUCCCUCCAUCUCACUCAGGUAUCAGCCCCAACUCCCUGGCAGGUGGGGUUGGAGGUGCAGGGCCAGGUCACAUUGGGGCAGACUACUUCAACGGGCAGCCAGUGUCGGAGCUCAUCUCCCAGCUCCUCCGGGCUGAGCCGUACCCCAGCAGCCGCUACGGGACCCCUUACAGUCAGGCACAGAUGCAGGCAUCUGCGAGCGGAGCCCCCGUCAUGGGCAUCGACAGCAUCUGUGAGCUGGCCGCCCGACUCCUCUUCAGCACCAUCGAGUGGGCAAGAAACAUCCCGUACUUCCCAGAGCUGCCAGUCUCAGAGCAGGUAGCGCUGCUGAGGCUGAGCUGGAGCGAGCUCUUCAUCCUGAACGCAGCUCAGUCCGCUCUGCCUCUACACAUGGCUCCUCUGCUGGCAGCUGCCGGGUUCCACUCAUCUCCCAUGUCUGCCGAGCGCGUGGUGUCCUUCAUGGACCAGGUCAGGGUUUUCCAGGACCAGGUGGACAAGCUGAACAGGCUGCAGGUGGACACAGCCGAGUACAGCUGCCUCAAAGCCAUUGCACUCUUUUCACCAGAUGCAUGUGGUCUGACGGACCCAGCCCACGUGGAGUCCCUGCAGGAGAAGGCCCAGGUGGCCCUAACGGAGUACGAGAGGUUGCAGUACCCCAACCAGCCCCAGCGCUUCGGCCGCUUACUGCUGCGCCUCCCGGCUCUGCGUGCCGUGCCGGCCAACCUCAUCUCCCAGCUCUUCUUCAUGCGGCUGGUGGGCAAGACACCCAUCGAGACGCUGAUCCGAGACAUGCAACUGUCAGGGAGCUCCAUCAGCUGGCCCUACGUACCAGGACAGUGAAACCUGUUGACUCCAGAGUGAGACAGACUGAGAUCAGACUGGGAGGAAUCAGAGCUCACAAAGAUUACAUACAAAGUACAAACUGAAUGUUUUCAACACAAACCGGUAUCCAUGAUUGUUUAAGGUUCUUGUUUGUGAAUGUAGAGGUCAGCUUUUUCCCACAUUAGCUCUGUAAAGUUUGGUGGGUGUCACACCAAAGCUGCUUUCAGGGAAACAAAAUGUGUAAUUGUCUUUAUAUGUGUGUGUGUGUGUGUGUGUGUGUGUGUUUGCAGCACUUGUCAGUUUGGCUCUGACCUUCGUCUGAUCUCUCUCGUCUCAAUAUGGACAAAAACACAGGGCUCUAAUUAAAAUGCAGACUCUAACAUGAGGCCAUGUGCCUGUACUACCUCCUCCCAUAUCACCCCUAAUGUGACUCAGUUUGAACCCAGGCUCUGUGUGUGUGUGUGUGUGUGUUCUCCCUCUGCUUUGUUUUUGAAAAUAAAGCCAUAGCAGUGCCAUCUUUACAGGCAGAGCUUUAUAUCUGGGACAUGUCGUGCAGAUCAGUCGUGUCAUGUUUGAUAUGUGGGCUGAAAUAUCAGACUUUUGUUACCAAAUGUAUUUGUGAAGACUGCAGUGUGUCACCUUGUACAGCAUGAAAACGAAAAAGAGGCAUGGGCAUUGUAUAUUGUACUAUAUGAAGCACUACAAGACAUAUUUUGUCUGUUAUGUACUUAAAGGAAUAGUUACACAUUUUGGGUAAUACGCUUAUUUGCUUUCUCGCAGAGUUAGAUGAAAAGAUUGAUCGCACUUAUAUGUCUGUACAGUGAAUAUGAAGCUACAGCUAGUAGCUGGUUAGCUUAGCUUAGCAUAAAAACUGGAAACAGGGGAAACAAGUAGCCUGGCUGUGGCUGAAAAGAAUAAAAUCAGCCUGCCAGCACACCUAAAACUGGAGUCUCCACUGGUUGCAAAAGUCAGACGAAUAUCCCACUAAAAAACAGCAAUUUGACUUUUUUUACACGUAAUUUUCAACAAAUUAAUACAACUUUUUAAUUAGUGAGUUUUAAAAGUGCUAGUAGGCAGAUUUUGCAACCUUUGGACAGAGACAAGUUAGCCGUUUCCCCAAUUUCCGGUCUUUAUGCUAAGCUAAGCUAACCAGCUGUUGGGUCCAGCUCCAUUUUUACUGUACAAUAGGUAAAAAAGUGAAUAACCGAAUUCCAUAAAAUGUUGAGCUGCUCCUUUAAUAUAUAGUAUAUUACACAGUCAUGUUCUUGCAGUAGUAAUCGACAGGAAGUGGAGGUGAACGUACUGAAACACACCCUGGCUCCUCAGACAGUCACAUCCCUGUCAAACAUUGUUACCUCAUGUUUUAUACAUCAAAGACAAAGAUUGUAUAUCCAUGUGCUAAAGAUAAAUAUAAAGGGAUCAAAGUAUCUUUAUCACAAAAACCAUAAACACUAAUGUUCCCCUAUAGACGUGUCUGUCCAUCGGACUUUGGCCAAAAUAUAUUUGAAAAUGUUUUGAAAUGUGAUGUUUAAUGUAAGUUUGAUAUCUAAUUUACAGAAACACUGAGUUAAGUGACCCUUCUGACUUAUCUCUGCAAACAGGAGACUCUUUGCUUUGCUUUUAUAAAGGUAGAGGUAGUUCAUUUAAUUUCUUUUUCACAUUUGUCUCCUUCAAAAAAAAAAAAAAAGAUAUCUGUGUGAAAGCACAGCCUGAAGUGGGCAGAGGUCACUUUCAGAUAAUUAUUAUGCUUAUGCAAGGUACUCCACGUGUUGUAAGUGUUGUAAAGGUUAUGGUGUUUGUUGGUACUGAGAUAAAGGGUACGAAGUAGUCACAAUUGUGAGUGUUAUUGCCAUGAAAUUCAGCUCAAUGUGACAAAUGUUUUUCUUGCCAAAUUACCUGACUGAAAGAAAAGACAAUGUGGGGGACAAACGUGUUUUCGGUAUGACCUUUUUUUUGUAUUAUUCAUAAAGAAAAGGCAACAGUCAUCUCUGAUGCUGUCAGACAACUUCAUCUACAGCUCUUUGUGCUGUCCUUGAAUCACUUUGUGUCAUUUGUUGGAAUAUAGUGAUUUGACUGUUUAGCUUUACUCUGAAAAGACGCAUGUUUCAAUGACCAUGCCAAAACUUAAAAAUGCAAAAGACGUUCAAAUGGCUGACUGGUUAUUUUUUUGCAUUACUAGAAAUAAAAGUAUGCACAUUCCUUCUCUG